AUGCCACCAAAAGGCAAUGGAGUUUCGGGUCCAAUCGCACAGAGCGUCCCUCCGGCGGACGUGGGCGACCAGAUCGACAGGAUGUGUCGCCUGCUGGAAGCGAGCCAGCAGCGGUCCGACGAAGCAAUCAAGACAUUGACCGAAGCUCAGGCUAGGCUCGAAGCUGAGAUUGCUGAGCUGCACAGAUCCGCUGACACCACACGCAAUACCCAAGCCAACAACAAUCUCGACUCUGGUAGACCCGAAGUUCCAAUCGACCGGGUCAGUUCCCCUCAGCAAAACACGAACCUCGGUAGUGAAAGAUCCCAAGGUCUCCUGCCACCCUCCGGGGCCGAAGAACGACGAGCCCCACUCUCUGACACACAUAUGCAGACAGAAGCAGACCCCAUCGGAUCCGCUCAGCCAACAACCGAAGUCUGGCUUAAACAAACCACACGUCAAGCCAUGCACGAUACACCAACUGAAGAAUGUGCUCCCUCGAUCCGGUUCUUAGACAGUUGGAAAGAAGAUAUGAUGAGAGAGAUGAUGCAGAAGUUCUCAGACGGGCAAUCCGUUUACGCCACCGAGCAUUUUGAUCUAGUGUCAAGAACCACUGAGAAAUCUCCUUUCUCAGAGUGGAUUCAGAAUGAGCCUAAGCCCCGGGACUUCAUCAUCCCUUCCCUGCCUGCAUUUAAUGGAAAGGGAGAUCUGCUAAACCAUUUAUUCCAAUUUCAACAGAAAAUGGCAUUAGAAGCUAACAACGAAGCUAUUCAAUGCAAGGUCUUUUCAACGACUUUUUCCGGGCCAGCUUUGUUGUGGUUCCGACAGUUAAAGCCCGGAUCCCUCAACAGUUUUAGUGACCUCCGACGGACCUUUUUACAACAAUAUAGUGCGACCCGAGAGGCACCAAGAACAAUGGCUGACCUCUAUCGGAUUGAGCAAGGGGAAAACGAACAUCCGAAAUCAUAUUUGCAGCGUUUCAUUGACCUCGUACAUCAAAUCCACGACGUCGAUCCAAUUACCGCAGCCAAUCUCUUCGUCAAAAGCUUGCAGGUGGGAUCUCUUUUACAUGAGAAUCUCACCAUGACGCCACCCUACAACAUGGCAAAAGUGCAAACCCGAGUCGAGGGCGUCUUUAGGGUCUUGGAAUUUCGAGAACGUGCGCAGAAGAAGUCUGCACUCAUCUCUACUCCACCAACAAAUAACCCUCCGCCACCUGCUAGAGAUGACAAGAGGAAGCGGAACCAAACAGAUCACGCGAAGGAAGGAAAAAGGCCAAGACAGGACCGACAAUCACCACGAUACCCUUCCUUCGAAUACACCGUCCCGCAAGAAGUCAUUUAUGAAGAAAAUAAAGAAAGACCUAUCUGGUGA